AUGUCCUUCACCGAGGCCUUCAAGGCCAUCCCCACGGACCUCGCGCGAUGCCCGACGACGUCUAAAAAGCUCGCGAGAUGUUCGCAGCUCGUGCGACUUUUCGUGGAAGAGAUCAGCGGUCUGGUGACGAAGGUUCCGUACGGAUACAGAGCGCUGCGGACGCACCGGAAGCUCCCGAGACGCGGCGAGCGGGACGGACGUGUCGAGCACGGCGUGGCGAUGUCGCGAGACGUGAGAUACGACGACGGUGAGCGAUGCGUGAUGGAUAUUUACGUGCCCGAGGGGUUGGUUGAGGGUGAGAACGCGCCGGUGGCGCUGUUCGUCCACGGCGGGGUCUGGGCAUCUGGCGAAAAGUGGCAGUUCUCGCCAAUGGCGACGGCGCUCGCGAGAGAAGGCGUCGUGUGCUGUGUCGCGACUUAUUCGUUGUAUCCGCGAGCGGACGCAGUACAAAUGUGGGAUGAGAUCUCUCGAGCGAUCUCAUGGACGAUGGAUAACAUUGAGACGUACGGAGGGGAUGCGAAUAGGGUGUCUGUCGUGGGACACUCCGCUGGCGCGCAGUUAUGCGCUCGAGCGCUUUUACAGCGCGGGGGCGUAAAGAACGUGAAAUCGAAGACGAGUACGCGAGAGUGGCAUCGAGAUUCGCGAAUGCCUCGAAAGUUUAUCGGCAUAGCUGGGGUGUAUGACAUCGGUUACCAUUAUGAGUACGAGGAUUCGCGAGGAGUGGCCAUUGUGAGCACGAUGGCGCGAGCGAUGAAUGGCGCUGAAAACUUUGACAUGUGCAGUCCGGCGCGUUUGAUGCCUCGGAGAAAACGCGAUGGGCGAAGCGUCGUCCCCGGGCCGGAUAAUUUGACCGGAGACGUCAUGGCAAAGAUGGCUGGCUUCUACCGCAAGAGCGAGGAUGUUGCCGAGUCACUGGAGGAGGAAGUUGCUUUCCCACCCACUGUCCUCAUGGCUGGUUGCGCCGACAUCACGGUCCCGUGGCACGAGAGCGCCGACUUUUACUGGAAACUGCAAGACGCCGGCGUACCCUCGAGGAUGUUGCUGUACCUCAAGGAGGACCACGUGGACUUUGUUCUGAACUGGAAUGAGAAGGGCUCGGGAAAAGACACAGCUGACGGGAACGAUUACUUGGAGCCGUACACGCGAGAUUUCGUGCGCAUGCUCAAGGAUUAA